AAUCACAAGGUCCGAACUUAUUCGGACACAUCUUAUCGUGACGGCAGUUAGGUCGAGACAUUUAGGAGCCACCUGAUUGGCUGAGAAGCUAUAUUUAAGGCACUUUUAUCGAUAAAAGAGGAUUCAGAAUGGGCCGUUGGAUUUGUUUUCUAUUGCUAAACUAGUGAACACUUUCGGAACUAAAAAGACUUAAAAAGAGACAGAUAAAACGCGGUGGAAGAAAAAUGAGAGAGAACUAGUGCAGCUCCAGUUCAACGAUAGAAAAUAGAUCCAUUGAUUCGGGCUCGAAAUCGCAUCACUACUGUGAUCACUCAGUGCCCAGAUUGAGGGAAUUCGGGCGAGUGAGUGCAAUGACGGAGAACGAUUCUGUGAGUACACAAUUCAUUGUACAAAAGUACAAAACAAUUAUAACAUCUAAAAAUGCAGGAAGUAACAGCGACGACGGCGAUGUCGACGCCGACGACGACGUCGACGACGUCGACUUCGACUUCGACGAUGACGACGACGUCAGCUACAACGGUAACGUCGGCCACGACGGCAAUAACGACCUCGACAACGACUCUGAAACCCUCGACAGCUUCGACGAACCCAGCGACAACGAUGGUCCCGACAGCAACUGAGCCGAUCGUAUUAACUCAUGGUUUGCUCUCGCAAAUUAUUCAGAGUGCUAUGCUCGCAGUAAUGAGGAACUGCCGUAAAAGUAGGGGCCGAGGUAGAGGCAGAGGCGUUCAAGGCAGAAGCGUGAAAAAGGAAAUGAGUAGAGACGAAAGACGAGGACAAGGACGGGGACGAGGGCGAGGACGAGGACGAGGACGAGGACGGGGAGGGAGACAGGGACAAGGCCAGGUACAAGGACAAGGAUAAGAACGAGGAUAAAGACGAGGCAGAAAAGAAAAGGAAAGGGCGUGUGACAAUAUUAAUUAUAGUCUAAAAUAAUAAUAUAUCAUUAUAUAUUUUUUAUUACAUAUAAAAAAUAGAAUAUAAAUACGCAAAUAGA